AAAGUGACGUUUCUAAAAUCGGUGAAAAGGUAAACAAACCAAAUUUUCAAAGACGCGCGCAAAUUAGAGAAUUCUUUUCCUUGUGAAAAUUGUUCUCGUGCUGUUAAAAAGUUUUUUUUUAAAACUAAAUUCUUAACUUUCUAUUUCGCGAAGAGUGUUAAAAUUAUUGAAGAAUAAAAAUGCCUCACUAUUGCUGCAUUAAUGAAUGCAAUAGCAUAAGUUCCAAUGUGCCAGGAGAUGGUGUUGCAUUCUUUAUGUUUCCAAGCGUUCGGACACGAGGAACCAAACUGGCGGAAUUGGCCAACGAAAGAAGAAAUCGUUGGUUUAAAGCUAUUAAUAAUAAAACAUUGAACACAAAAAGUGCUCGUAUAUGUUCAAAGCAUUUUAUUUCUGGUAAGUGUGCCCGACUUAAGGAUAACCAAAACCCUGACUGGGUUCCUAGCUUGAAUCUAGGAUACAAAACAGUUCCACUUGUUCCCGAAAAUAUUUUGAGGACCCAACCAAAAGGAAGUAAAAAUGUGGAUGUGGUUCUGCUGCUGCUCUUCAAGUGUUUUGCCCGCCAGUACCAAUUUGUGGCCACAAAUUGCUAUAGGAAGGAAUGGAAUCACUUCCUCCUACGGUAUAAUCUGAUGUAG